AUGGCGGAAGUGGUUAAAGAUUGUGAUAAAGGACGUUCACUUGCGGAGGAAACAAUCACGGACCUUAUGGAACGGCCUAAUGCGAAAGACGCUCAUGACGCAUACGACGAUGACUAUGAUGAAGACUAUGACGAUGAUGGGAGCGGUGAAAUAGGUGGUGGAAUGGAUGGCAUCGGUGGCAGGGAGUAUACGGUCCUUUUUACAACAUGUACAUUCACAUCGUUGCAAUUGGAAUUUUGCUCGCGUCUUGCGCGAUACUGGUUUCCUAAGAAGCAUUGA